AUGAGCAUUGAAACUGUAAAAUUUGCUAAGGAAAAUGGGAUUACGUUGUUAACGCUGCCUCCGCAUUGUAGUAACAAGAUGCAGCCAUUAGAUGUGGCCGUCUAUUCCCCACUUAAAGUAAGAUACAAUGCUGCAUUAAGUAACUGGAUGAUAAGUAAUCCUGGAAAAACAGUAACAAUUUACAAUAUUCCCACAUUUAUUAAAUCAAUAAUGUCAGCAGCUUUUAUCCAAGCAAAUAUCCUUAGUGGAUUUAGAAAGUGUGGGAUUCAGCCGUUUAACCCUGACAUAUUUACUGAUGAAGAUUUCUUGUGCUCAGAUGUGACCGACAGAGAUAAUUCUGACGGCCAAGUCCAACUAGAUUUUUCCGGAUGUCUGGCAGAAGAUUCGUUAGCAAUUCCAUCUACUUCUGGUGUUACAGCAACAGGAAUUAAGCAAACUCAAAUCGCUGUAAAUUUGGAAAAUAUAAAUAAAAACGCAUCCAACGAAAUUCCCUCAACUUCUGCUAUUACAGAAGCAGAAAUCGUGCAAACUACACCUGAAAAUAUGGCUGUAAGUACGACAAAUAUAAGUAAGGACAUGCCUACAAAUAUAUUUGAUAAUACACCCAAAAGUACACCAUUUAAAGCUACAUCCUCUUCUCUCACAACACCUGAGAUGAUAAGGCCAUUUCCAAAAGCUGGUCUCAGAAAGACAACAAGGCGUGGCCGUCAACCAGGAAAAACUAAAAUAUUAACCCAAAGUCCAGAGAAGGAUGAAAACUAUGAUAAUUUCCAAAAUGAAUCACCAAUAGAAAAAACUAAACAAAAAAUGGAUCCAAAAAACAAGGCAAACAAACUUAAAAAAAAGUGA